AUGGGCUGCACGUUGAGCGCCGAAGACAAGGCGGCGGUGGAAAGGAGCAAGAUGAUCGACCGCAACUUACGAGAGGACGGGGAGAAAGCGGCCAAAGAAGUAAAGCUGCUGCUGCUCGGUGCUGGAGAAUCUGGUAAAAGUACUAUCGUGAAACAAAUGAAAAUCAUUCAUGAGGAUGGAUAUUCAGAGGAAGAAUGUAAACAGUAUAAAGUGGUUGUCUACAGUAAUACUAUACAGUCCAUCAUUGCGAUCAUAAGAGCCAUGGGACGACUAAAGAUUGACUUUGGGGAAGCUGCCAGAGCAAGGAGUAGGGAACUGUUUCUUAGUUACCUAAAUGAUUUGGAUAGAAUAUCACAAAACAACUAUAUUCCAACUCAGCAAGAUGUUCUACGGACUAGAGUGAAGACUACAGGCAUUGUGGAAACACAUUUCACCUUCAAGGAUCUGUACUUCAAGAUGUUUGAUGUAGGGGGCCAAAGAUCAGAACGAAAAAAGUGGAUUCACUGUUUUGAGGGAGUGACAGCGAUUAUCUUCUGUGUGGCUCUCAGUGAUUAUGACCUUGUUUUGGCUGAAGAUGAAGAGAUGAAUCGUAUGCAUGAAAGCAUGAAACUGUUUGACAGUAUUUGCAACAACAAAUGGUUUACAGACACUUCAAUCAUUCUCUUCCUCAACAAGAAAGAUCUUUUUGAGGAAAAAAUAAGGAGAAGUCCAUUAACUAUCUGUUACCCAGAAUACACAGGUUCCAACACCUACGAAGAGGCAGCUGCCUACAUUCAGUGCCAGUUUGAAGAUCUGAACAGAAGAAAAGAUACCAAGGAGAUCUACACUCAUUUCACCUGUGCCACAGACACCAAGAAUGUGCAGUUUGUUUUUGAUGCUGUUACAGAUGUCAUCAUUAAAAACAACUUAAAGGAGUGUGGACUUUAUUAA